AAGCCGCGACCGUGGGCGGAACCGUCUUUUGCGAUACUUCGCCGCUAGUCCUGCUAGACCACAAAAGAUGACAAACGUAGUGCUACUUCACUAGUUAGACAAACAUUACGGAGACAAUGGACGGUGGGCAACGCACCGAGUUGCGCUUGAGCGACUUGCGCUGCUCCGCCUUCCUUUUUUCACGUUCUGGAGAGCUCCUUAGCUGCAAUAUACCGGCUAAGACAAGCGGCUACUACCAACAUGGACAAACAUUUGAGGGCCUCCUUGGCCAGCUGGGGCUGGGUGCCACGUCCUCGCAGCCCGCAUUCGCAAGCCAACUUGCCCUAACGGGCGUUUGGAGCAGCGCUUGGUCGCUACAAGGCGCAUGCCUGGGCGCGUCGCCAUCAGCUAGCAGUACAUUAAGCGUUUACCUGAUAGAUGGCGAUGGCGAGGGUGCCGGUGACUACUUGGUGCUCUUUGCCACGGAACCCUUUACGCUGCAAGCCCGCAAGGUGUCGCCGGCCGCGGACACAGCAGCCGCCGCAGCAGCUGCCAGCAACACCGGCGGCGCGGCGGAGCAGCGCCUGCGCGAGCAGCUGCAGACGCUGCAGCGCAAACUGAUGAAGACGGUGGCGGAGAACGAGGAGCUAGCCACGCGGCUGGCGGGGCUGCGGUCCGUUUGCCUGGAGCUGACGGAGCAGCUGACAGACGCGGACGCCACCAGGCCGCUGGACAGAGGCACGCGGCAUCACCUGCUGCACCUCACCUCCACUGCCGCCUCCUACUGCGAGAUGCCGGCCGGCGGCGGCGGCGGUGACUCCGCUGGCCUGGGCCGCCACAGCAGCUCCGGCCGCCUGCGCGACUUGGUGGACCUGGAUGCGGCAGUCACAGCAGCGGCAGCAGCGGCGGCAGCGGCAGCCGCCGUGGCGGGCGCUGCGGUCAGCAGCAGCGGCCGGGGGCAGCCUACGCCCACGGCCACGGCAUCGGCCGCGGCCGCGGCGGCUGCCGCCGCGGGUCCCGCCGUAUGCUGCGCCGCGUCAUGCGGUGCUCCAGGCGUCGCCGACGCCGACGCCGGAUCUGGGUCGGGCCAGGGGCUGAUCAGCGGCUCGUCGGCGGAUGACGGCAGCCUGGUGACCACGGCCGUGGGCGCGCCGGGCGCGGUGGACAGCGGCGCCGCCGGCAGCUGCUCUGCAGCCGACUACGCCUCCCUCAUGGAUUCCUUCAUGGCGUUGAAGGCCAGCUACGACGUGCUCCUGCAGCAGCAGGACGCGCUGAUGGAGUCCGAGGCGGCGGCGGCGCUGUCGUCGCCUGCACGGCUGCCGGCGGCGCCUGCACCGAAGGCGCCGCAAGUGGUGCAGGUGCAGCAGGCGGAGGUGCCGUGCCGGCCCAUCUCGCCCAACAACCAGCACCGCGCCUCUCUGAUGAGCUCCGCGCCCAUAGUGGCCAUGGCACACAUGGGCCUGGGCCGACGCGGCUCCAUCACCGGGCUCAUGUGCCUGGGCAUGGAGGGCGGCGCCGGCGCUGGCGGCGGCGGAGCCGCCACUGCGGCGCUGAGCGCCGACUUGCGGUUGGGCAGCUUCAACGGCGAGGGCAUCGACACGCAGGCAGCGGCGCAGGACAACCUGAGCAACAACAAUCUGAGCGCCAUGCUGGAUGGCGGCUUGAGUCUGGCGGACGCCUCGUCGUCGCUGCACGGCACGGACUGCGGCGGCGUCGGCGCCACCGCCACUGCCAGCCCGCGCAGCCUGCUGCACAAGGGGCUGUCCAGCGUGGCCAGCAGCAGUGUGGGCGUGGGCGAGCUGGAGCGGCUGGCAGCGCACGCGCGCGCGCUCAAGGCCAGCUGCGACGUGAUGCAGCUGCAGCGCGACCGCGCGGUGAGCGCGGCUACAGUGCAGAAGGUGACGUUUGACCGCGCGCUGGCAGUGGCGCAGCACGAGGCGGACGUCGUGGCGGGUUCGGCGGCUGCCACCAAGGCCCAGUUCGACAAGUUUGUGCUGGACAAGGCGGAGGAGAAGGCGGCGUUUGACCAUGUGCUCGCGCAGACGGCCGCUGAGGCAUCGCAGCAGAAGGCCAUUGCUGACAAGGCGCUGGUGGACUUCGGCGAGCUGCAGGCCAACGCGACCGCCGCCAAGGCGCAGUUCGACAAGUUUGUGCUGGACAAGGCGGAGGAGAAGGCGGCGUUUGACCACGUCCUGGAGAAGACGGCCGCUGAGGCAUCGCAGCAGAAGGCCAUCGCGGACAAGGCGCUGGUGGACUUUGGCGAGCUGCAGGCCGCCGCCACUGCGGACAAGGCCGUGCACGACAAGGCACUCUACGACGUGCAGGCCAACGCGACCGCCGCCAAGGCCCAGUUUGACAAGUUUGUGCUGGACAAGGCGGAGGAGAAGGCGGCGUUCGACCAUGUGCUCGCGCAGACGGCCGCUGAGGCAUCGCAGCAGAAGGCCAUUGCGGACAAAGCGCUGGUGGACUUUGGCGAGCUGCAGGCCGCCGCCACUGCGGACAAGGCCGUGCACGACAAGGCACUCUACGACGUGCAGGCCAACGCAACCGCCGCCAAGGCCCAGUUUGACAAGUUUGUGCUGGACAAGGCGGAGGAGAAGGCGGCGUUCGACCAUGUGCUCGCGCAGACGGCCGCUGAGGCAUCGCAGCAGAAGGCCAUUGCAGACAAAGCGCUGGUGGAAUUUGGCGAGCUGCAGGCCGCCGCCACUGCGGACAAGGCCGUGCACGACAAGGCACUCUACGACGUGCAGGCCAACGCGACCGCCGCCAAGGCCCAGUUUGACAAGUUUGUGCUGGACAAGGCGGAGGAGAAGGCGGCGUUCGACCAUGUGCUCGCGCAGACGGCCGCUGAGGCAUCACAGCAGAAGGCCAUUGCAGACAAGGCGCUGGUGGACUUUGGCGAGCUGCAGGCAAACGCUGUUGCGGACAAGGCAGCGCACGACAUGUGUUUGUUAGACCUGCAGGCAAAUGCUGCCGCGGACAAGGCCGUGCACGAUAAGGCUCUCUACGACGUGCAGGCCAACGCGACCGCCGCCAAGGCCCAGUUCGACAAGUUUGUGCUGGACAAGGCGGAGGAGAAGGCGGCGUUCGACCAUGUGCUCGCGCAGACGGCAGCUGAGGCAUCACAGCAGAAGGCCAUUGCAGACAAGGCGCUGGUGGACUUUGGCGAGCUGCAGGCAAACGCUGCCGCGGACAAGGCCGUGCACGAUAAGGCUCUCUACGACGUGCAGGCCAACGCGACCGCCGCCAAGGCCCAGUUCGACAAGUUUGUGCUGGACAAGGCGGAGGAGAAGGCGGCAUUUGAUCACGUUCUGGAGAAGACGGCCGCGGAGGCGUCUCAGCAGAAGGCCAUUGCAGACAAGGCGCUGGUGGACUUUGGCGAGCUGCAGGCCGCCGCCACUGCGGACAAGGCCGUGCACGACAAGGCACUCUACGACGUGCAGGCCAACGCGACCGCCGCCAAGGCCCAGUUCGACAAGUUUGUGCUGGACAAGGCGGAGGAGAAGGCGGCGUUCGACCACGUCCUGGAGAAGACGGCCGCUGAGGCAUCGCAGCAGAAGGCCAUUGCGGACAAGGCGCUGGUGGACUUCGGAGAGCUGCAGGCAAACGCUGCCGCGGACAAGGCCGUGCACGAUAAGGCUCUGUACGACGUGCAGGCCAACGCGACCGCCGCCAAGGCCCAGUUCGACAAGUUUGUGCUGGACAAGGCGGAGGAGAAGGCGGCGUUCGACCACGUCCUGGAGAAGACGGCCGCUGAGGCGUCUCAGCAGAAGGCCAUUGCGGACAAGGCGCUGGUGGACUUUGGAGAGCUGCAGGCCCACGCCGCCGCGGACAAGGCCGUGCACGACAAGGCGCUCGUCGACGUGCAGGCGUCGGCGACCGCCACCAAGGCCCAGUUCGACAAGUUUGUGCUGGACAAGGCGGAGGAGAAGGCGACCUUUGAUGCCGUCCUGGAGAAGACGGCCGCUGAGGCAUCGCAGCAGAAGGCCAUUGCCGAUAAGGCGCUGGUGGACUUUGGCGAGCUGCAGGCUACUGCCACUGCGGACAAGGCGGUGCACGACAAGGCUCUCUACGACGUGCAGGCCAAUGCGACCGCCGCCAAGGCCCAGUUCGACAAGUUUGUGCUGGACAAGGCGGAGGAGAAGGCGGCGUUUGACCAAGUUCUAGAGAAGACGGCCGCUGAGGCAUCGCAGCAGAAGGCCAUUGCAGACAAGGCGCUGGUCGACUUCGGCGAGCUGCAGGCAAACGCCGCCGCGGACAAGGCGGUACAUGACAAGGCGCUGUACGACGUCCAGGUCGCCGCCACUGCGGACAAGGCCGUGCACGACAAGGCGCUGUACGACGUGCAGGCCAACGCGACCGCCACCAAGGCCCAGUUCGACAAGUUUGUGCUGGACAAGGCGGAGGAGAAGGCGGCGUUUGAUGCCGUGCUUGAGCAGACGGCAGCUGAGGCAUCGCAGCAAAAGGCCAUUGCCGAUAAGGCGCUGGUGGACUUUGGCGAGCUGCAGGCAACGGCCACCGCCGACAAGGCCGUGCACGACAAGGCCAUACACGACAUUCAGGAGUCGGCGGCUUCAACCAAGGCCCAGUUCGACAAGUUCGUGCUGGACAAGGCGGAGGAGAAGGCGACCUUUGAUGCCGUGCUUGAGCAGACGGCAGCUGAGGCAUCGCAGCAGAAGGCCAUUGCCGAUAAGGCGCUGGUGGACUUUGGCGAGCUGCAGCAAACCGCUGACGCCGCCAAGGCCCAGUUCGACAAGUUGGUGGCUGACACGGCGGAGGAGAAGGCGGCGUUUGACGUGGCGCUGGGCCGCGCGGCGGAGGAGGCGGCGGAGCACCAGCGCCGCGCCGACUUUAUGCGGGCGGAGGCGGAGGCGACGGCGGCGCGGCUGGCGUCGGAGCGCCAACACCUGGACAACCUGCAGGCCCAGAACGAGCGGCUGCUGAAGCAGCAGGAGGUGCUGCAGGCGGAGCUGGCCAUGGCGCUGCGCUCCUACACGCCCCGCACCGUCAUUGACGCCGGCACGCCCGCCGACAAGAUGCUGGCCAUGAUGACGGACCUGCUGGACGGCACGCCGCCCACCAUCCAGGACAUCCUGUUUGUGCAGUCGGCGCUGCUUGAGGCGCACGACGUGUACAAGCCCGUGAACCUGGGCAAACAGCUGCUGGCCUCGGGCGCGCUGGACAAGGACGUGGGGCUGUCGCUGCUGCAGCAGCUGGGCAGUCAGGGCGAGGCGGACGAGGCCACACGCGCCGCCAACGCCGCCAACGCCCCUGGCGGCAACAGCCGGGCCGGAGGACCCGGCGCCGCGCCUGGCGGCGCCGCCAACGGCGGCGGCGAGGCGCUCACACUCCGCGACUUCGGAACGCGUGACGGCGUGAGCCGCGCGGUGUCGACGCCGCAGCAGCCGAUGUCGCCGUCGGCCGGCUCGUGCGAGUCCUCGCUCGGCGGCGAGGCGGGCAGGGGCGGCGGCGGCGCGGCGGCGGCGGCGGUGUGCUGGGACACACUGGAGAGCGCACUCACGGCCAUCAUGGCGCCGGCGGCGCCGCUGGAGGAGGGCCUGGACGCGGUGGAGGACGGCGCCGGCGGCUGCGUUGACGGCUUCGCCUGCCUGUCCAGCGGCGCCGCCAGCGGCCCGCUGGGCGGCGGCGCGGCGGCGGCGCCGGGCACGCCGCGCGCCGCUGCCCGGGCCAUGGCGGCGGCGCUGGAUAGGCAGGACGGCGGCAGCGGGCGGCUGCUGAUGCGCGCCGUCAGCAGCGCGAGCCGCAGCAUGCAUGCGCGCGCGCGCGCCGGCAGCGUCAGCGCGGGGCAGCUGGUCCUGUGCAGCGGCGCCGGCGGCUUGGGCUCGGGCCUUGGCGGCGCCGGCGGCAGCGGGCUGCUGCUGCUGCCGGGGCAGUCGCCGCUGGAGCGGGCCAACACGACGGCCUCGCAGGCCACGACCAGGACGGAGCUGUGCGAGCUGGACGAGUUCCCGGAGCUGCCGCUGUACACAGAGGUGGAGCGGGUGCUAUCCGGCGGCGCGGGGUCGUGGCAGUGGGACGCCUUCAAGCUGGCCAACGCCAGCGCCGACCACGCCCUGUCCUCACUGGGCUUCUACCUCUUCCACCAGUCGGACCUGAUCCGCAAGUUCGAGCUGCGCCCCCACCAGCUGGCCUGCUUCCUGCGCCGCGUGGAGGACGGCUACCGGGGCAACCCCUACCACUCCAAGACACACGCCGCGGACGUGCUGCAGUCCCUGCACGUGCUGGUCCACCGCGGCGGCCUGGCGCCCGGCUACGUGGACCCGCUGUCGCUCAUGGCCUGCUACCUGGCGGCCAUCAUCCACGACUUCGAGCACGGCGGCCUCACCAACGACUACCUCAUCAACAGCGGCGACGAGCUGGCGCUGCGCUACAACGACCGCGCGCCGUUGGAGAACCACCACUGCGCCGCCGCUUUCUUGCUGCUGCGGCGGCCCGAGUACGCCUUCAUGGCGCACCUGCCCAAGGCCGACACGGACCGGCUGAGGAAGAUGGUGAUUGAGCUGGUCCUGGCCACGGACAUGAAGCAGCACUUCGCCAUCAUGUCGCACUUCACCACCGUGCACCGCCUCAGCACCGCCGCCUCCGUCACGCCCAGCCUCAUGAGCGGCGACCGGCGGCGCUCCGGCUCCAACGCCUCGUCGAUCAACUCGCUGGCGUGCAGCGGCUCGGGAGUGGAGAUGGACAAGAUCCUGAUCCCGCUCGACGAGAACGAGCGCAUUCUGUCGCUGCAGAUGGCGCUCAAGUGCUCCGACAUCGGACACGUGUGUGCCUCGCUGCCGGUGCACCUGCGCUGGGUGGCCGCGCUGGAGGAGGAGUUCUUCCGGCAGGGCGACAUGGAGAAGGCCCACUCCCUGCCCGUCAGCCCACUGUUUGACCGGGCCAAGCCCGGCAUCACCAAGAGCCAGGUGGGGUUCUUCGACAUCGUGGUGAUCCCGCUGCUCUCCAACUUCUCGCGUGUCUUCACAAACGCCAAGCCACUGCUCACCUACACCAUGCGCAACUACAAGUACUGGUCAGAGGCGCAAAAGUCGGAGCAGCAGGUGGCGGCGGCUACGGCGGCGGCAUCAGCCAACGGGGGCCGGUGAGGGCCGUGAGGGCCUCGCAUUGUUCCCGGGCGUAGGGAAAAGCGACGGCGCGCGGGCGCGGUGUGCUUGCGCUGCUGCUGGCGGAUGGGGAGCAAUGCCAGCUUUUAACUGGGUAUCAGCUUGUGAUGUCCAGUGCCGAAGCCGCGCAUGCCGUGCGCGUGCUAGCAUGGCCGUCGAAAUCAUUGCGUGUACAGAUGCUGAAAGGCGAUCCCUGGGCGCCGCGGGGACCUUGCGUAGUAUGCGGCAUGGGAGGAUGCACUGAGAACUGCGCUGUGGGUUACCUUCGGGCUGCGGGCAAUAUAGGUGGCUGGACCCAACUGCACGGGAGGAGCGAAUCCCUGUAGCUGCUGUAUGCAGAUCUGCGAUCAUUCAUUAAGCAGUGAGGAUAAGGACGUGAAAUGGGAUGUUGUCCAUGGAAGAUUACACGCAAACCAUAUGAAGUAGGGCUCAGCCGACGGCUGCCCACAACGAUUUCAUUUUUGCUGGAUCGCUGGGUUGGAUUUAAGUAAUUGCAGGCGUUUCGGAAGACUGAGGUAUGCAAAUACCUAGAGAGCAUGCGAGGCAGGGGCGUGCGCGGCACGGGCGGUAACUGAAAGCUUUGAAGCACAUGCUUGAUUGUGCUCACAAGCCGUGCUGGGGUGGGAGGAAUCGCCGGGGCCGUGCUUGGGCGUGCACGGUUUGGAGGUGACACGGUUCCGUGGCACGCCGUGGUGUGCGGCGCGUGCAACCCUACGUUGCAUUGCGCCCGGGCCAAUUUUGCAUCGAGUGUUUCUCCCAUGGGGACUUGGUGGCCGCUGGUGGAAGCGGUGUGCACUGUAGAGCGUGGCGUUAUGCUUGAUGCACCCACUGCGCGCCGUGCGGCAUAUGCCAAGGCUUGCGGCGCUACCAGUAUGUUGCUAUUCUGGCGUCUCGGCGUUGCGGUACGUGCGGUGACUUGCUGCUUCUUGUGCAUGUUGAGUUGGCAAUCCGGGCCAGAACGUGGCACGUGAUCUGGGGCACGCGCCGGCGCGGGCUGAAACCUAUCACCUGAAACUCUGGAAGGGGCCAGGAGUGCGGGUUGUCGCAAAGCCCGCACUCGGCUACAAGCCGUGCGACGCGGGGUCAUGGAGGGAAUGCAUCUUGCAUCGCUGCGACUAGGAAUUUAUUGUUGUGCAUCCUAACUACCUGAGUGAGGUGCCCAAGUGCGGUGUGACUGCAAAUAUUUCCGCCUGGUUUCGGUCCGAGGAGCUGCGAAGCGGAAGGACGAGGGCGGAGGGCACACACGUGGGCGCAUGUGUUUGGCGCGGUGCGGUGCGAGGGGUGGAGGGGAGUCACGAAUGCGGGUGUGCGUGGUGGGCGGCCAAAGCAGGCGGAGCAUGCAGGACUGGUACCGACCAUGCGAAUAGAAUUGGGCUUCCAUGCGUCACACUUACCGACAUGCCGCCACGUCCAAGUCGCGAUUGUCGUGGUUGAUGUAUUCAGGGCAGCUCGGCGCAGACGGAGUCCGCCGGGGCGUUUUGGAGAUGGUGAGCGUUUGUCCCGUGUUGGACUGAAGGACUGUACCACCGCGUGACAGGGCGUGGAUCCAACUAAAUGCAUUCUUCCUUGGCGGCCACGCGCACGUGCCUCUUGCUCGUCGACUAAUAACAAGUGACCAUUCAUGAUCAUUAUGGCGUGUGCAGCUUGCCACGAUCGCAGGAUCCGCAGCCUCGGCUGCCGUUUUGUGCGUUGGGGUGGCCGUUGGCAUGGUGGAGUACCGUUGCUGCUUGGCCUUUUAGGAGGACAUUGGCCGUGGCAAGGGGUCAGGUGUUGCCGCCCCUGUCGUUUUGAAAGCACUCAAGUUGGGCCGUCUUCAUCGAGUACUGCACUAAUGCUGGAGGUCCGAUGCCGGCCCCCAGGCCCCAUGUGUUGUAAUUUCUAAUCACC